AUGGCGUGGGACACUGACGCAUCUAAUUCCUAUGUUAUCACAGAAAACCCGGGACCGUCAUCGCAAUCCACCUCACAACAGAUCUCACGCAUAUCGAAGGAAGGCAAAAUUGAAGGCAUGCCCCCCGAGCCGGCCCGUGACGACCACGAGCGCUUGUCUCUAGGACCAACACGACUGUCUGUUGCUACUGCUUUGCCAUCUUCGAGGGAUCGAUGGUGGCGCAUACGAUUCUUCCGCGGCAUGAUUCACGACGUCAGGAGGAGAGCACCCUUUUUUUUGAGUGACUGGACGGAUGCAUGGGAUUACCGAGUUAUUCCGGCUACUGUGUAUAUGUUUUGUGCAAAUAUCCUCCCGGCCUUGGCAUUCUCCCUUGAUAUGUUUGAAAAGACUGACAGGAAUUAUGGAGUGAAUGAAGUCCUUCUUGCAUCUGUCUUAGGUGCAGUCGUUUUCGCCUGUUUCGCUGCACAACCUUUGAUUAUCGUCGGCGUCACUGGCCCAAUUACUGUUUUUAACUACACGGUCUAUGAUAUUAUGACGCCGCGCGGGACCAAUUAUCUCGGCUUCAUGGCAUGGAUUGGAAUAUGGUCUAUGGUUAUGCACUGGAUCGUUGCCAUUACCAACAUGUGCAAUGGGUUGAAAUACGUCACGCGUUUUUCGUGCGAUAUCUUUGGGUUUUACGUUGCGUUUGUCUACUUGCAGAAAGGCAUCCAGGUCCUGACCCGGCAGUGGGAAGCCGCUGGGGAAACCUCCGCAUACGUCAGUAUCAUGGUCUCGCUCCUAGUUUUCAUGAGCGGUUGGGUUUGUAGCGAACUCGGGAAGAGCAGCCUCUUCCACCGUUGGGUGCGGAAGUUCAUCGAAGACUACGGCAUAGUACUGACUAUUGUCUUCUUCACGGGAUUCGUUCAUAUCGGCCAUAUGCGCAACGUGAACAUUGACACACUACCGAUCAGCAAAUCCUUUUUCCCAACCAUUGGCCGCAGCUGGUUGGUUACCUUUUGGGACAUCGAUGUCCAGGAUAUUUUUCUCGCCAUUCCUUUCGCUCUUCUUCUGACCAUCUUGUUUUACUUCGACCACAAUGUCUCGUCACUCAUUGCACAAGGCAGCGAAUUUCCACUCCGAAAGCCGGCGGGCUUCCACUGGGACAUGUUUCUCCUGGGAGUGACCACUGGAGUGGCAGGGAUCUUGGGGCUCCCGGCUCCCAAUGGUCUGAUUCCACAGGCGCCAUUUCAUACUAAAGCAUUGUCUGUCACCCGCCAGGUUGCCGACAAUGACGAGCGAAACAAGGGCAAAGUUAUUCAUGUCGCCGACCAUGUCGUAGAACAACGCGUUAGUAAUCUCGCCCAGGGAAUUAUCACCCUUGGUACCAUGACCAGACCGCUGUUGAUCUUGGUGCAUUUGAUCCCCCAGGGAGUUUUUGCAGGACUUUUCUUUGUUAUGGGUGUCCAGGCCUUAGAAGAAAAUGGUAUCACACAAAAACUUAUCUUUCUAGCCCAAGAAAAGCAUUUCACAUUGGACUCAGAUCCUCUCAAGCAAAUAAAACGACGUUGGGUGGUCUGGGUCUUUGUGAUCAUUGAGCUUAUGGGAUUCGGUGGCACCUUUGCCAUAACCCAGACCAUCGCCGCCAUCGGGUUUCCUGUUAUUAUCCUUCUGCUGAUUCCUGUCCGCGCCUACCUGUUCCCGUACCUGUUCACUCAAGAUGAACUGAAAGCUUUGGAUGCUCCCACCGCUAGUCCUUUCACCAUGGAAAGUGUCGGGGGUGUUCAUGGCUAUAAAGAGGAGCUUCCAACGGCCUUGGAUCGUGAAGACGCCAACGAAGAAGUCAAGAGAGCGAGCUUCCAUAGCAGCCCGGGUCUACUGGCCCCGUGA